AACUUGUCAGUUGUCAGCAAUAAAUGAAUUGGUCACCCAAAAUUUCGCUGCAAUCUCGCUAACGUGAAAAUACGUUAUUCAAAUCUUUGAACAUCGCGGUGAAGUGGGCCUGUUACUGAACUGUAACUAAUUGUUUGCAAAAGUUUUGUUGUUUUUUGUGACGAUGAACAUCCCAAAAUGUGGUUGUAAGGAGAAUCGCCCACCGACCGCGGGCCGGUCAGCUUGUGGGUGUUCCGUAAACAUACAAAAAAUGACUACCGACACGUUUAAAGUCCCAGCUGUGCCCAUAAAUCGCCCUUUGUGUACGAAAGGAACUGAACUUAAAGAACAAGCAAUUUCAACUAAAAAUGAAUUGAAGAAGGACGACAAGAAGAAAACCUGGUCGCUGUCAGACUUCGAUUUAGGACGACCCCUUGGCAAAGGUAAAUUUGGAAACGUAUACUUGGCGCGUGAAAAAGAAUCUCACUACGUGGUUGCCUUAAAAGUGUUGUUCAAAAGUCAAAUAUUGGACUCUGAAAUAGAGCACCAGGUGCGUCGCGAAGUGGAGAUACAGUGCCGUUUGCGCCACCCGAAUAUACUACGCAUGUACGGGUAUUUUCACGAUGAAAAACGAAUAUAUUUGAUACUAGAAUACGCAAAACAUGGCGCACUGUACAAACUGCUGAAGGAGCGCGGCCGUUUCGACGAGAAGACAGCUGCAAUAUACAUCAGAGACUUGACGAAAGCUCUGGUAUACUGCCAUACAAAGAAAGUGAUACAUCGGGACAUCAAGCCUGAGAACUUACUCAUUGGACAUAACUGGGAACUGAAGAUAGCUGACUUCGGAUGGUCAGUACACUCACCAUCAUCAAGGAGGAUGACACUGUGUGGUACCUUAGAUUAUUUAUCCCCAGAAAUGAUUGAAGGAAAGCCACACAGUUAUGCAGUUGAUAUAUGGAGUCUCGGAGUAUUGUGUUAUGAACUGCUGGUCGGCCUGCCACCAUUUGACGCAAAAGAUUCACAUCAAACAUACAGGAAAAUAAGAUAUGUUAUAAUCAAAUAUCCAGAAUAUAUUUCAGAGAAAGCAAAAGAUUUGAUGGGAAAAUUAUUAGUAAUCAAUCCUGAGGAACGAUUGCCGUUAGUGAAUGUGUUACAACAUCAAUGGAUAGUAGAGAAUGCUCCGGAAGGAGUCCAACCUCCAGAGUUUAAUCCUGAACAAAAAUGAUGAAUGUAUUAUAGUUUAGGUUUUAAUGAAUUAUGUUAAAUUGAUAUUUUAGUAUAAUGUUGACCCAACUUUUAACUUUGUGAGGGAUUUGACAAUUUAAACUUAGUUUAUAAUAGGUUUAUGUACCAAAUAAAUUAAUGUCAUUUGGCACAAAGAGUACUUAGAUCUCCUAUAAAAAUGAAACAAUAAUGUAUUUAAGAUUGCAUGAACUAUCUACAUUUGACGCCAUAAAUACUGUGUUAUAUAAUUUUAAAAUCUUAUCUCACAAAUAGUAUUGAUUCAAACAUAUUAAUUAUCAUGUGAACUUUAUAUAGAAAUGUAAAAUAAAACAAAGAACUUUACUAAAGACUUUAUUAUGACUGAACAACUAUUUAUUUCUGAAAGUUCUAUACCAAUAAAUAUGAAUAGAUUAUUGUAAAUAAUUAAAUUACAACAAACCAAUUA